UCCAAUGCCUAACCUAACCGAUUCUCCUUUCUAAUGGAAACGCUUAUUUCAGUUUCACUAAAUUCCUUCAUCUUCUUCUUCUUCAUAUUCUCUUCUCCCUCCUCCUCUUCCGCCAUUCAUCUUCUCAAUACCCUUAAACAAUAAUGGCCGCCUUUCGAAGAUCAUCUCUUACCGAUGUCACCGAUUGCCGUCUCCUCUUCCUCAUCCUAACUUCCCUCUCUCUCAUCCUCUUUUUCUCCGCUUCCACUCUCUCCGACAUUCCCUUUUCCACUCUCGCGCCGCUCCAAUCCUUCAUCAUCGGCACUGCCUUUCAACACCCUCUCGAUUCGAAUUAUCUUCCGAGUAUUCGUGAUUCUUCGGAAGGGAUUCCGCCCGAGGCUAAGAGAAAGAUUCAGUUGCAGAAAUCGAAAAUGGCUGUGUGUUUAGUCGGAGGAGCGAGGAGGUUUGAGGUUACUGGACCGUCGAUUAUGGAGAAGAUUCUUAAGGAGUAUCCGAAUGCGGACUUGUUUUUGCAUAGUCCGGUUGAUGAGAACACGUUCAAGUUAUCGUACUUGAAAAAUGCGCCGAAAAUCGCGGCCGUGAGAAUCUUUGAGCCGAAACCGAUUCCGGAGACUGAGUCGCAACUCCGAGUUCUUACGGCGAAGAACUCGCCCAACGGCAUCCAGGGGCUUUUGAAGUAUUUUCAAUUGGUGGAAGGUUGCCUUACGAUGAUCCAAACGUACCAACAACUCAACAACUUCACCUACGACUGGGUUGUGCGGACACGUGUCGACGGGUACUGGAACACCCCACUCCGGCCUGAUAGCUUCCUCUCCGGCCAAUACGUAGUGCCGUCGGGAUCCUCCUACGGCGGACUCAACGACCGUUUCGGCGUUGGAGACCUCAACACCUCCACCGUCGCUCUUUCGCGCCUUGGUCUUAUUCCCUAUCUGGAUGCCGCAGGAUUCCGUGAACUGAACUCGGAAACUGCCUUCAAGGCCCAGUUGACCACCAUGGGGGUACCGUUGGUAACAAUGCGUUUGCCGUUUUGUAUAGUGACGGAGAGGCAGUAUGAAUUUCCACCGGGGAGGUUUGGGGUACCGGUGGCGGCGAUGUCGAGCAGAGGGCCGCUGAGUGGGACGAAGUGUAGGCCGUGCAGGGUGGCGUGUGAGGGAGAGUGUGUGGAGAGGGUGAUGGGUUGGUUAGAGAAAGGAUGGAGUUGGACGAAUUGGGAAAAUGGGACAAUGGGACUGUGCAAUGCGAGUGGAGAAUGGGAAAUGGAAUGGGAGAAAGUAUACGAGGAAAUGGUUGGUGAAGAAAUGGGGGAUUUGAGUUGGAAAAUUCAGAAGAUGAAGAUGAGUGAAUGUGUUGAAGGUUUUAACGAAAUGAAAAGACGAAGUGGGAUUUGGGAUUCUCCAAAUGGGGAGAAUAUUUGUAAGUUGGGGUUUAGAAAUUAAUACUUAUAAGGACUUGAAAAUGGGUCAUAAGCUUGAAAAUCAAUGUAUAGUUUAGAUAUUUUGGACACAAUGAUAUACAAAGCUUUUUUGCAACAGAAGUGGUUCAAUAUAGAUCGAA